GUUUUAAUCUCGUACAGUAGCGUAGAGGCGGGCGGGACCUCACUCAUACAGCAGACAUGCGCGGGAGCACAGCGGGGCUCGCUGAUACGCUCGCAAGUGGUUCGCGAGCAUACACCGCACUCCUCGAAUGCGUGGACGUGAUAUUCGCGAGCGUGGUUGUGGCGCCCGCGGUGGUCGCCUACUGGAAGUCGACAUGGUCGCUGAUGGACCUGUAUGUAUUGCCGGAGAGUCCGGUGGCGAGCGCGGCUGCGUGCGUCACGUUCGGUUUCUGCGUGGACUUCUUUAUGUGCGUGUUCCAAACGCAACUGAGCAAGCAUUUGAGCCCGGAUAAAGGACGGUUGACUUACUACGUGCUGUCGAGGUCGUGCUCAUGUUUGGCUGGGGUGGCGUGCGUCGGGGGUUGGCGGGGCGCUUGGAACUUGUUUAACGAGUGUACUGGAGACAGCGCGCGCACGUUACUGUCCACCACCGCGGCUGCGACGCUGUCGCUGGCUGCGCUGAGAGCGUUGCGCAACAUCUGUGCCGUGCCAUUCGCAGUAGCGGUUGAUUCGCCGCAGGACUUUUUCUAUGUGCCGACUAUGUUCCGUACGAGUACCAGAGAGACUGCAUUUUAUAUUCUGGACUGCGUGUUCUCCGUGGCUGUGGUCGGUUCGCUGGUUGUCUUCGUAUGGAGAGGAUCUUGGGCCCUACUAGACAUAUUCUUAUUCCCUGAUGACCAGGUCAAGUCCUAUUGGACCUCAUUGAUCGUCGGUUACUCCGUGGUGAUCGCAACGUUUUCCCUGCAGGCGCCCAUAAGAUGGGUGACCGCUCGAUUGCACGGUGCCCCUCGACUGUUACUUGCUGACGUCUACCACCUGAUCUCCUUCGUUGCCACCGUCAACGUCUGGCGUGGUUUCUGGGGCAUGCUCGAUGUUUAUUUAUUUCCUGAAUCACCAAAAUUCAGCAACUGGUGCACGCACAUCGUUAGUAUAGUGCUCCUGAUGUUACUCAACUGUUCGAACUCGGUGCUGGUGCGAGGUGUGUACAUCGAUGCCGAAGAGCCAGCAGGCGAAUGCGUUGUGUUCCCAUGCCAUUAUCUCAGGCUUUUCUUCCAUAAAGAGAGAACGAAGAAGAGACACAAGCGGGCCCUGGCAACUGCCGCGGCAAGAAAAACAGAAGAAUCUAGUGUACCUUUACAAAAUCCAGAAGAGAAAGUUUAGUAGAUGGAUUCGUUUUCAGUUAACAGUUCGAAGUGCUGUAGACUUAUGUUGUUGUUGUUUCGUUGUAAUGGGGCACCCCAGUGAUUGCAUUUGAUGUGUGCAAGAUUGUUGUUCUUCUUGUUCAUUUCUAGCUCAGAAAUAAAUGAAAUCAGUAUAGAGAAAAAUCGACAUUCCACAUAAUCUUGCUACGAUAUGCAUAUGGACAUCCAAAUUGCUCCUUUUUUGCUAUAAGAAGUUGUAUAUGGCUGGUCUUAUUCUAGCUACCUCAAUACUACCAAGAACGUGAACAUGAUAACCUGGAGGUUUACUCGUAAAUAGAUUCGCGUUAAUCUGCGUUAAUAUAGCCAGUUUUUACAUUCCUAAACAAAUAAUAUCAUGUAGCGAAAAAUCGAAAACAAUUUAAUAGAGUAGUAGUUUUGAUACAAAGUCUACUAAAAAGUACUAUACUAAAUGACCAUAGAAUCUAUUAAACAUGAAAGUUUGUUAAAACUUCGAAAGACUUUUUUACAGUUAUACGAAGCUAUUUAUUCAAAUAAGACAACAGUAUUUUUUUCUAUAUCGGAGCUUGGCAAAUUUUUGUGUACCUUUCCGAAUUAUUUGUCACCGAGAAUAGAUUAGGUUUAAACGUUAUAAUGAAUUAUGUAUACUUAAAGAAACUAUCUUUUAUUAUUUUAUAAAAAUGCUAUUUUUAGUGUCGAAUGGAUUGUCUCGUUUGUUCUAAGUCAUUCUUUAUACUUUACAAGGUAUUUAAGAUUUAUUUUUAGCUGAUGUAAAUAAAAUCUUUAGUAGUUAAGUGAAUAAACAUCGCCAAUUGUAAUUAUAUUAAUAAACGAUUUCAGUAAUGUUUAAAUGAAGUUUUAUUAAUACUCAUUAAAACUGCGGCUAUAUCAAUUUACGAAUAAAGUUAAGACACGUU